UUUGCUUUGCAGUUUCUUUGAAAAUUUUUCUGAUAGGAAGAAGUGGGGAUAAAAAGACAAAGCUGACUCAGCUCAUCAGUGGGAUGGAAAAAGGUUACCAACCAAAGGGAUUACGCUCCACCAUCUUCACAGGAAAAUGGAAAGCAGGAAAAGUAACAGUAGUGAAAAUUCCUGACAUGUUCAGUAUGGCCACAGAGGCUGUCGUAGAAGAAAUUCAAUGUUUUCAAAGUGUCCUUCCUCCUGGACCAAAUGUUCUGCUUCUGUUAAUAAAACCCUCAGAAUUCAACGAGAAGGACAGAAAAACAUUGAAGUUCCUCCUGAGUUUAUUUGGUCAAGAUGCCUUAAAAUAUUCAAUAAUUGUCAUGACACAUUUGACCGAAAUUACUGUUUCUGUCAAUGACCUCCUUAAAGACUGUGAGGGACGGCACUACAACAUGACUGAAGGGGCUGUGGGACCACUGAUGGAAAGCAUUGAGGAUCUCAUGAAAAAGAACCCGGGAAAAUUCCUCAACCUGACUGGAGAAACAGAAUUAAAAUACAACAAACCUCCCCUAAACCUGGUUCUGUGUGGGGGGAGAAGAGAAGAGAAGACCUCAGUAGCCAAGGCCAUUCUAGGUCAGACAGAUCUUCCUUCAGCCUCCAACUCCUCACAGUGUGUUAGAAACCAGGGAGAGGUUCGUGGACGUUGGGUUUCUGUGGUGGAGCUGCCUGCCUUGUUUGGAAAAGCUCAGGAGGAAGUGAUGGAGGAAUCAUUCAGGUGUAUCUCCCUCUGUGAUCCUGAGGGUGUCCACGCCUUCAUCCUGGUCCUACCUGUGGGUCCCCUCACUGAUGAAGACAAGGGAGAGUUACAGACCAUCCAGGACACAUUCAGCUCUAGAGUCAAUGACUUCACCAUGAUCCUGUUCACUGUGGACUCAGAUCCUACAGCUCCAGCUGUUGUAAACUUUGUAAGAGAGAACAAGGAUAUCCAGGAGCUCUGUCAAAGCUGUGGAGGAAGAUAUUUUGUUCUUAACAUUAAGGACAGGAAGAAGAUACCAGACCUGCUGGAGAGGGUGGAGAAGACUGUUUCUGACCGAAAGAAUCCAUACAGCUUUACACUUGUAACAUUAGCAUGUGGACAACUAGAGGAAAAAUCACAGCUACAGGCUGAACUGAAGGAGCUCAGAAGGACCACAAACAGAGAGGCAGAAAAAGAGCAGGGACCUGGGUGCCUCAGGAUCGUUCUUAUCGGGAAAACCGGUUGUGGAAAGAGCUCAUCAGGAAAUACAAUUUUGAAUAGAAAAGAGUUUGAGGCCAAGGCAGCUCAACAGUCAGUGACAAAAAAUUGUGAAAAAAGCGAGGGUGAAGUUGAUGGACGUUCUGUUGUUGUUGUUGACACCCCUGGUCUGUUUGAUGACACUUUGUCACAUGAGGAAGUUGGUGAAGAGAUGGCCAAAUGUAUAAGCCUCUUGGCUCCAGGUCCACAUGUGUUCCUGCUGGUGAUACAGAUUGGCAGAUUCACAGAUCAAGAAAAUGAGACAUUGAAACUUAUUAAGAAGGUUUUUGGUAAAGAUUCAGAAAAGUUCACUUUAAUUCUUUUCACUAAUGGAGAUGAUUUAGAAGAAGAAGAGAAGUCCAUGGAAGACUAUUUGAAAAAAGAUUGUCAGGAAUCAUGUAAAAAGUUGAUUGCUGACUGUGGAGGGAGAUACCAUGUGUUUAAUUACAGCAAAAAAAAGAAUCGCUCACAAGUUAGUAAGCUGAUCAAAAAGAUCGACGAAAUGGUAAAGGAAAAUGGUGGCAGCUUCUACACCAACGAGAUGCUGAAGGAGGCAGAGGCUGCAAUACAGAAAGAGAUGAAAAGAAUUCUUAAGGAGAAGGAAGAAGAGAUGAAAAAACUGAAGGAGGAACUUGAAGCAAAACAUCUGAAAGAAAAAGAAGAAAUCAAAAGAAGAAUGGAAGAACAGAGAGAACAAAUGGAGAAAGAAAGAAAACAGAAAGCUGAACUGCUUAAAGAAAUGGAGGACAACAUUGAGAAAGAGCGAAAGCAAAGAGAAAAAGAAAAGGAAAUCCGAGAAGAAGAAGAAGAGAAAAGAAAAGAGGAGGAAGAACACCAACAAAAACAGUGGGAAAAAGAACGGGAAGAUUUAGAAAGAAAAAUUCUGUCAGAAUCAACAGAAAAGGAGACGAUUGACAAAAAAUUGGAAGAGAUGAGAAAAGAGACAGAAAAAAAAAGAGAAGCCUGGGAGAAGGAAAAGAAGGAGUGGUGGGAAAAGAGACAGACAGAGGAUGAAGAGAGACGGCAAGAAGAACGCCAAAACCUGAAAAAGCUUCAAGAGAAUUUUGAGAGAGAACGAGACGAAUAUGAGAGAAAAAGAAAAGAAAAUGAUAAAAAGAGAGAGGAACAAGAGGAGAAAGAGAAAAAAGAAUUAGAGGAAAAAUAUAAGAAGAAAAUUGAUGAAAUGAAGAAGGAAUAUGAGUCAGAUGCCAGAAAGCAAGCAGAAGAAUUCAAUACAUUCAGAGAGAAAUACAAGGAAGAAUUUGAAGCUCUAAAUAAGAAACACGAUAAAGAAAUCAAUGAUCUGAAAAAAGCCAAUGAGGAAAAACUGCAGGCAAAAGAAAAGGCACAUAGUAAAGAAUAUAAACUGCUAAAGGAUCUCAAAACACAGACAGAGAAGUAUCUAAAAGCUGAUCUAUCAAGAAAGGACGAAGAUUUUAAGGAAAAAGAAAAACUUAACAAAGAAUUGGAAAGUCUGAGGAAAAAGCAAGAAGAAGAACUGGCAGCUUUGAAAGAAAAAUGGAAUGUCAAAUAUUGCCCCAUAAGCUAAUGAUGAUCCUUGGGAUCUGCAUAACCAGACAUGGUUUUUUAUAUUACGGCAGGCUGACUUCUUUUACGUAACUAAGUAUUAAGACUGUUAAACUGUUCAUAACAUUUUUUUAGCUAAAUUACAGCUGUGACUCUGCAGUGUGAGCUUGCUUCUCUUUUUAGGGAAAAAAAGUUGCAUGGGUUU